UGCGUGGGGGUAUUGCUUUUUUUUUUGGGGGCCCUUUUUUUUCUUCUCAUUUGUCGCUUUUCUUCGUUGUCACCAUCUUCAUCUUCAUUGACAUCAUCAUUAUAUUGGCUGGUUUAGUUCAUUCAUCUUUUUUUUUUUUUCUUUUUUCUUUUUGGGACUCAUGGGUUGGUUGGUCUACGAGAGAAGGUGUUCUUGCUGUUGUUGGUUCAUGACUGCGUGGUUGUGGGGGGUAGGGGGGCGAGGCGAAAUGGGCAUGUAUCCGGAGCUAUGGCUGGGCUUGGGCUUGGAGGACACACACCACACACACAGCAGGUCAGGUGUUGUAGGGGGCAAGGCAAGGCUGCGAUAUGGGUUGUUUCUGUCAUCUUUCUGUCACUUUGUCACUUUGUAUGGUUUUACAAUUUUCUUGCUCCCCCUCGAUCGAACUCGCGGUGUCGUCACAUGUUGUCUCCCGGGGGAGGGGGGGGGGGGGGGGGGGGGGGGGGGGGGGGGUUUAUCUCGUUUUCUGUUUCUUCUUUCUUGUAUGUUUUUAUUCUUUAUUUUCGCGCUUACUCAAAGAUACGGCUGGCACUGCUGCAUGGAAACGCAUCGCACGGAAACGCAUCGAUUGAAUUGCUGGAGUUUGUUGGUAUUUCCUACGGCAUCGGAUUUUGUUUCGUUGUGAGGGUUACAAAAAAUUCCAGCCUGCGGUACUCGGGUGGUCGGGUGGGAC